CGGUAAAAACGUACGGCAAAGGUUGUGCAAAUCACUGCAGCAGUCAUUGCAGAUAUAUGACAUGUAAUCCAAUCAAUGGAUCUUGUUUGGAGGGCUGUAUUCCCGGUUACUUGGGAAGUUUCUGCAACAAAACAUGUGACGAAGGAACAUAUGGACUCAACUGCGCCCAGAAUUGUUCUCAGAACUGCGUCGGCUUUUGUGAUUCUGUUGACGGAUCCUGCACUUGUUCCUCUGGGUGGACAGGGUCCCCUAAUUGUAGUGAAAUAUGUUCAGUUGGCCGGUACGGAUUGAAUUGUUCAGAGAACUGCAGUCCCCAUUGCCGAUCUGAAAGUAAUCAUUGUAACCAUAGAGACGGACAUUGUGAACAUGGAUGUGACGAUGGAUUCCAAGGAAGUAAAUGUGAAGAAAUUUGCAAUGCUAUGUUUUAUGGAGAAAACUGUUCUGCACGAUGUAAUGAGAACUGUGUCAACCAGUCAUGUGACCAUAUCACAGGCAGCUGUACAUACGGAUGUAAACCGGGAUGGAGGACUCCAAACUGCAAACAGGAAUGCUCAGCAGGAAAGUAUGGCAAAGAUUGUGGAAAUCACUGCAGCAAUCAUUGCAGAACCAUGGCAUGUAAUCACAUCACUGGAUCUUGUCUGGAGGGCUGUACACCAGGAUAUUUGGGGAGUUUCUGCAACAAACCAUGUGACGAAGGAACAUAUGGACUCAACUGCUCCCAGAAUUGUUCUCAGAACUGCCUCAGCGUUUGUGACAAUGUUAACGGAUCUUGUUCGUGUUCCUCUGGGUGGUCAGGGUCCCCUAAUUGUAGUGAAAAAUUUUCGGGGUCAGGAGGUUCUGCAGCACAGUCCGAUACGACAGAUUCUGGCGCAGUAACAGGAGCCGUGGGAGGGGCGGUGGGAGCCGUAGGUCUUAUUGUUGUACUCAUCACAGGGAUACUGUUUAUACGGUGA